UAUCGACCAAACCAAAAGGAAAACAACAACAAGCCACGAUGAGCCGGCCAGCGUACAGCGUGGGCAACGCGUCUGCAGUGCAGCAUGUGCCUCGCAAGCACCUGAGCCUGGAGAAGGUCGUGUUCUCUGAGGGCAUCUUCAGCUUCUGCAUCGGUCAAGUCAAAGACAAGACGACCAUCCCCGUGUUGGCUCUUGUUGUGUCAGAGAAAGGCCAUGACGCUCACCGGCAACACUUGCUCAAGGAGGCUGCCUUGCUCAGCAAGCUCAACCACCCCAAUGUGAUGGCAGUGCAUGGCGUUGUUGUCUCCGAACCUCCUUACACGCUGCUCCUUGAGGAAGCCAACCAUGGAACCGUGCAAUCGUACUUCAUGACACACGCAGACCUGGACGUUGCUCUGCUUCGCAAGUUUGCCCGCGAAGUCUGCAGCGCCCUCAAUUACCUCGGCAGAGUCAACUGCGUCCACUGGGAUGUGGCGUCGCGCAACGUGUUUCUCACCUCCAAGCUCACCUGCAAGCUGGGCAGCUUUGGCCGCGAAAAGCGGAUGACGGACCGUGCGCCCAACGGAUACUACACGGCGCCAAGUGGGGUGGUGCUGCGGCGGUGGUCCCCACCAGAGGUCGGCCUGAACGAGGGCAGUGUCAGACGCAUUGCGCAGACGGAGGACAUAUGGGGGUAUGGCAUCUUCUUGUACGAGAUCUUCACCCAAUGUCGGAUUCCGUAUGGAGACGCGACGUGGACGGAGGAGCAGAUGUAUCUCGACACAAUGAUGGACGCGCAGGAGGGCUCGCUCCUGCCACAGCGCAUCGAGAAGCGGCUGUCGUCGGAGCAAGCGCUCAAGGAGCUCGACAACAUCUUCAGCGCGGUGGCAAGCACGGCAGCGGACGGCAUGAAGUCGAGUGCACGACAAAGCGACAUGGCAACACCGCCGCGAACACAACAACAACAGCAGCAGAUGGAUUCGUCGUCGCACAUGCGGACGUCUCCUGGUGGCAUUGAGGCCGCCAUCAGUGCACUGCAGUCUGUACUGGACGAGAACACAUCACCUGAGAAGCAGCAGCCACCGCCCGCCGCCGUUUCAACAGCCACGCCAACCUCAGCUGCAAGGGUGAGGCCAACAGCGACCACCUCCACCUCAACUGGGACGAGCAUGUCUCCCGCGCCCCAACGCAGUUUUGCCUCAGCGACGACAGCGGUCACACCGCGCACCGCGCCCUCGCCUGCGGGCGUGACAUCGCAACCGAAGCGAAAGUCAAAGAUUCCGCCACUCAAGACGCUUCGACACGCGCGCGCACCGUCACCGCCGCCAGCACCGUCGCCGCCACGCCAGCCGACACCACCACCACCACCACCGCCGCCACCACCAAGAGAGCCGACCCCACCACCACCACCACGUGAACCAACCCCACCACCGGUGGAGCCUGCUGUGGCGGUUGCUGACGCAUCUACGAGUCCCAUCACGACUGAGGACUUGGAGUCACUGCUGGAGCCGAAGAAGGUCACAGCCGAAAUUGGACUGCAGACAGACGAGGUUGAGGAGCCAAGGCCACAGACCGCAGACGUUGGAUUUCAGGUCGAGCUCGCACCGCCGGCGCCGCCGCCGCGUCCAGCCAUCACGGAGCAGACGGCGCAGCUCAUCAACGACAACGUCACGCUCAAGACCGAUCUACAAGCCAUGCGCCGUGCCCUCGCUGGCGCUCUCCGCUUGAAGGCAGACAUCUUGGAAGGGACAUACGAGCCGCCGCCACCCGAGGAGGGGGAUGAUGAUGACGAUGCUGGUGUUGGCGGUGGCGUGGGCGAUGGCAGCCCCACGUACGACGUUGCCAACCACGAGUACGAGGCCGUGCACAGCGGUGUCAUGCGGGCAUCGGACGAUUACGAAUAUGAGGAGCUGCAUGGCUUCAACACGCCAGCAGGCGGCGGGCGCCAUUUCAGACACAACGCCCACGCUGGUAGCAUCCGCGGCAAGAAGCGGGCUGUCAAGCCAAAGGUCAUUGAGCGGUUUACGAGUCUCUUCUCUGAUCCGAGAGAUGCUCAGGCGCUCGUGCACAAGGUACAGUGA